GUUCUUUAUUAGCUUGGCUGCUAUUACAGGAGUUGCAGUUUGAACUAUUGCUGGCUUUAAAGGUGGCAAUGAGUGAUAAUCGGUCAGAACUUGGAAGGCCUGCCUCAAGUAAAAGAAGGUUGAAGGAUUUAUUGCUUCAAAAAGAUAAUCGUUUUUGUGCUGAUUGUAAUGCUCCAGAUCCUCAAUGGGCAUCAGCGAAUAUUGGAGUUUUUAUAUGCUUAAAAUGCUGCGGUGUGCACAGAAGUCUUGGUGCUCAUGUAUCAAAGGUUUUGUCUGUGACAUUGGAUGAAUGGUCAGAUGAGGAAAUAAAUGGAAUGAUUGAAGUUGGAGGAAAUUCUUCUGCUAAUUCAAUUUAUGAGGCUUAUAUUUCACAAGGAUCUGUAAAACCUGGACCAGAUGCCAGUCAUGAGCAGCGCAAAAAUUUCAUCCGGUCGAAGUAUGAACGUCAAGAAUUUUUGAAACCUAGUUUGCGCAUUAAGUCGGGAAGAAUGAAUCCCCCAUCAAGUAUUUCCAGAGGGAUUAUGGAUGGGAUUAUGGAUAAUUUUCGAAGUAUUAGCGGUUCGCGUGAGGAAGGAAAGGAAGGAUUUAUUGGAAAUUUGAAGGUAAAAGUGAUCAAAGGCACAGAUUUAGCUAUCAGAGAUAUGAUGACCAGUGAUCCAUAUGUUAUCUUCACACUUGGCCAGCAGACUGUUCAGACAACUGUAAUAAAGAGUAAUUUGAAUCCAGUCUGGAAUGAAGAACUUAUGCUGUCUGUUACUCGGCCAUUUGGAUUAUUGAAUUUGAAGGUAUUUGAUUAUGACUUAUUUUCAUCUGAUGAUAUAAUGGGGGAAGCAGACAUUGAUCUUCAUCCCCUGAUUACAUCUGCAAUGGCCUAUGGAGAUCCUAGCAUGUUUGAUGAUAUGCAGAUAGGAAUAUGGCUGAAAUCUCAAGACAAUGCGCUUAUAGAUGAUAGCGAAGUCAAAAUUGUUGGUGGUAAAGUUAAACAGGAGAUAUUAAUCAAGCUCCAGAACGUUGAAUCCGGAGAAUUAGAGUUAGCACUUGAGUGGAUGCCUUUAGAGUCUUGAUCAUUGGGUAAAUUACUGAAACGCUAAUCUAGAACUGAACGAAGCAUUCUUGGAUUUGGAUGGAAAGGAUACGAUAUUUGAAUUCCUGAUCAAUAACAGUACGGCGCGUCAGAAAGAGGAAGAAGAAAGAAGAAAAAAGAAGAAAUUUUGGGACGGCAAUCAUAUGUUCCUGUUAGCACGAAUAUUCCUUAUAAGGUCA